AAUUUAUGUAAUUAUUCCUGAAACAAACGUGAAGAUCAAACUUUUUUUUUUAAGAAAAGCAACCUAUGUCGAUAGGGAUUUGGGUUGUGCGUGCUUUAUGGAUUGUUAACCGGGCGGCUUGAAGGCGCAACAUUUGGGAAAGUUCGAUCGGGAAGAUCAAGGCACAUCAUGCAGGAAAGGACGAUCUACGAGAUCCUACCGGUGUUGCUGUGUGGCCUGUCGGUUCCACUGUCCAUGUUUAUGUGGAUCGGAAAUGUGGCUUACUCGAAGAUAGCAAGCGAUAAUUCUAACAGCAUUAUUCCACCGACCCGUUGGCUAUUUUCCGUGCUCGUGCCCGUCCUGCUGAUGGUGUACGGGUUGAAGCGUAAGGGCGUAAACAGAUCCGGUGCCGCGCUAGGGCUGCUUUGUGCCGUAAUACUUUCCAUAGCAUCGCACGCCUUCCUGGGCUGUUUAGCGGCCUUCUUCUUUAGCUCGAGCCGGGCGACCAAAUUUCGGGGUCACGCGAAACGAAAGUUUGAGGAAGAUUUUAAGGAGGGCGGCCAACGGAACUGGGCCCAAGUAAUUUGCAAUGCCGGUAUGGCGACACAGUUGGCAUUGCUGUAUCUGCUCGACUGCGGAUACGGUGAGCGGCCGAUCGAUUUCGUUAAUGAGUACCGUUCCAGCUGGCUCGGGGUGGCCGUGAUGGGUUCGUUUGCGUGCUGCAAUGGCGACACGUGGUCGAGUGAGCUGGGUACGGUCAUUGGCAGUGGAGAUCCGUUUCUAAUCACCACCCGGAAGAGGGUUCCGCGCGGUACGAAUGGAGCCAUUUCGUUCGUGGGAGUGGUGGCGAGUUUCUUGGGCGGCACACUGAUUGGGCUGGUAUACUUCCUCACCGUCCGGUAUACGGUGGACGCGAGCGUGUACCGGAACAGUCCAAACCAGUGGCCUAUGGUAGUGUUCGGCGGUAUGGCGGGUUUGCUAGGUUCGCUGGUAGAUUCGUUGCUUGGUGCUACGCUGCAGUAUUCGGGCCAGAACGAGCGGGGCAUGAUAGUGGAGCGGCCGGGCAAACAUGUGCGCCACAUUAGCGGGGUACGGAUUUUGGACAACCACAGCGUUAAUCUGAUAUCUACCAUUGUGAUCGGAAUCGUGAUGCCCUCGAUUGCGAUGAAUCUCUGGCCCAUGUUCUGAAGGGAUAUCGGAUCGAAUGGACUAGCUGGUAGUGGAGGGUUCUUAAUAUACCAAGUGACUUAUUUCCUAACGGUGGCAAGUGAAUACA